AAUAGCAGGUAGGCAUAUUAAUCCCAAAUUUUCCAACUGUUUUUAAUUUCUCUGUAAUCAUGUUUCUUGAGAGCCCAGCUUCACCAGAAAGCCAAAAUGAGGACUUGAGUUAUUAAUUUCUAUUUGUUGAUAGUGUCAGCUCCCUGCUUGUCCUUGAUGGAAAGUAGUCCCGCCUCCAGCUCGCAGCCUCCAUGCGCCUUUACGCACCGCGCUCAGAGAGGAGCUGGGAGCGCAGGAAGAUGCUGCGAGGAUUCAGACUGGAUAUCCGCACAAUUUAAGAUUAUUCAUCCCUAAAUAAUUACCAUGGACAUUCCGGAAGCCACGAAAAUGACCGCCAGAGAUACUGGGUGCAGCAACCUUUCCAUCCCGAACUGUGGGAAUGUAGUUUCUGUAGGAUUUCCAAUAACAAUGAUGGUCACUGGCGUCGUUGGCAACUCUUUAGCUCUUAUCCUGGUCUACACAUCUUACGGGAAAAAGGAAAACCGAAGGAAAAAAUCUUUCUUACUUUUUAUCGGAUCUCUGGCUUUGACGGAUCUGUUCGGGCAGCUUUUGACCAGUCCGGUAGUGAUCUCAGUCUACCUGGCUGAUCAGAGGCUGUCUAUGAUCGACACCUCCGGGAACCUGUGCGCAUACUUCGGCGUCUGCAUGACAACUUUCGGGCUCUGCGCUCUGUUUUUGGCAAGCGCCAUGGCCACGGAAAGGGCCAUGGCGAUAACAAACCCUCACUGGUACUCUAAUCACAUGAAGACAAGUAUCACUAAGCAGUCCCUGGUUGCCAUAUGGUGUGCUGGGUUCCUCUUUGCUUUGUUGCCCGUCGCGGGGAUCGGAGAAUACACGGAGCAGUGGCCGGGCACCUGGUGCUUCAUCAGGACAGGCAAGAGUGAGGCUCCUGGCAAUGGCUUCUUUGCCUACACGUUCGCUUUUCUUGGGGUUUCCUCUCUACUUGUGACGCUCUGCUGCAAUGUGAUGACUAUCCGCGGCUUGAUCAUCCGAUGUAAAACAAAGACUGGUGCUUCCCAAUCUUCCAAGCACUGGGAGCGUCUUACUACAGAGACAGUCAUCCAGCUAUUAGGAAUCAUGUGCGUUCAGAUUAUUUGCUGGUCUCCUCUAUUGGGAAUGUUGCUGAGGAUGAUUUACAGCCAAGUAUCCUCAGAAGAAUGUAAUUCAGCAUACAAAAAAACAAGCAACAUCCAGAACAAAGUUACAAAUCUAGACUGUGACUUCUUUCUACCCGCGAUACGUUUGGCCUCCCUCAACCAAAUCCUGGACCCAUGGGUCUAUUUGCUCCUGAGGGAGAUCCUCCUGCGAAAGUUCUGCAUUAUGGCUAAUGCCGUCUCCAAUUGCUCCAUGGAAGAUCAGAAGGAAACACAGACAGCAAUGGAUGCCCUCAACAAAAACAAACACAAUCAAGAUGGCAACAGCAUUUGUAAAUCACCAAGCAGCUAAGUCGGCAUUUGUCAGCAAUUUCUUACCGAUGGACUACAGGUAAAAAUGCUUUCAGAACUAUGGGAGUAAAAAAGAAAGCAAGUGAAUGGAUACUUUUUUACACAAGGACUUAUUGACAUGGGAUACAGCUGAGCCACCAGUACAGGUAUUAGAAUCUGCUUCGUUUAAAACCCAUUUUGUUGAAGAGUACCAAACAAGCAUGUGGAUGCAUGACCGCCAUAUCGUUAACUCGGCCAGAGCUCUUACUUGGCCAGAGUUCAUAUAAGCUUGUGACAGAUGCAAUAUCUGAACGAGGAUUACUUCUAACUGACAGCUCAUUUAUCUUGUGAAGCCAUGGAUUGAUUCAAGAAGACUAUUGAAUGUAUUUUUUUAAUGAAGAAAAAUAUGGGAAAAUUGCUUAGAUAUGCUGCUUUCUCUCCUGUGAGACGUAGGCAUCUUGCUUAAAAAAAAACAAACCGUGAUUAUUUAAAGAACAUAUAUGAUAUAAACUAGAGUGAAAUAUUAAAUAAAUGUAUUUAUUAGUGUCUGUACAAUUUUGUGCUGAUGAUGCUACCUGCUGGGUUGUACUUGUUACUAACUUUUACCAUUCACAUCACAAUUCUUGACCACCAGCUAGCACUAAGAAAUGUGAAGUGUUUUUGACAGGCUUCUUUCUGACAAUACAAUGAAUUCUCUGCUGUAUUUAUUUAAAAGACCACAAAACUAAUUAGUCAUAAAUUAAUGACUUGUGAAGGAGCAAGCUGACUAGCAUUAUGAUGUCAUGGCACAAAAUCACCUUUAUGGAACUGUUGCUGAUUCCUAUCUACUUAUUAGCUCUACUUUAGUUUAAUCAAGGAGUUACUGUAACAUCAAGUUACAGUUUUUAGUUUAGAUUUUUAAAUUAAAGGUAUAGUGGUGGAAUCAAUAAAAUAAGUGGUACUCUAAAUUGUGAAUCAUUCUGGUGAUAUCUUUACGUAAGGCAGUCCUAUGUGCUCGUCCCCAUUUUUACUUACCGGUGGUGAGUCUAACCUAGAGGAGAAAUAGCAAAUUUUAUUUUGGAAAGCAAGUUUGUAUGAGUGAAGCAAAAAGCAACCUUUAAACAGAGCGUGCAUGAGAAGAAAUGGGCUCAUGCAUGCUCUCGCACAUGUUUAAUAGACGUUCCCUCUCGAGAGAAAGUACA